GAAACUAAAACCCUCCCAAGUGAUAAACAGAAUAUUAGGACACAACUAAAACCCAAGAGCACGCAGGUGUGCAGGUUUGUAAUUCGCGAAGGGUUUUAGGAGAAGAAGCUAAAUGAAAGAAAACAUGGAAGGUACCGAAGAAGAGGACAUGGAGAAGUCUGUUAGAAAUCGAUACGGUAACUCUGCGGCAGCAGAACACCGCCAUUUAUGCGCGGUUGUGGGGGCGAUGACACAAUUAUUGAAAGACGAGGGUUUGCCUCCCCUCCCCACUGCAUACUUUGCAGCCACCAUGAAUUCCAUCAAUAAAAGUCUCUCAGAUAACGACCAGGAUCCUCGUGUCACUACAGCCCUCUGCACAUUCUUAUCACUGCUCGUCACUAAGUUGCCCUCUUCGUUCCUGGCUUCUAAAGCAACGCCUGCCAUGGAGGUUUUGCUUUCACUCCAUGCCCAACAAGGCGAUGCCCUUCCCCCAGGGGCUGUUAAAGUUAUUGCGAAAUGCAUCGCCUCUUUGCUUACUGCUGCUACGCAAGAUCAGAAUUGUAGCUGGUCUGUCAUGGCUCCUUCAUUUAACAUUGUACUCAACUAUUCGCUUGAUAAACGUCCUAAGGUAAGGAAAUGUGGGCAGGAAUGCCUUGAGCAGGUCUUAAAGUCAUUCCAGGGUUCAUUAGCUCUUGGAAAGGCCAGUAAGGCUGUUUAUGCCUUGUUCAAGCACUGGCUUCAUUCAGGAAAUAAAGUAAGAACUCAAAUAGACACUGAAGUUUGUAGUGAAGAAUUGAAAGUCCUCCACAUCCUAAAUACUCUGAAGCUCAUAUUACCACUUCUGUCUGCAAAAGUUGUUGCCAAACUGUUAAGAAAUUUGAAGGCACUUAUAGAUAUUCAACACCCUCUACUUAUGAGGCAUAUCAUUAGUGUUUUACAAGUACUUUGUAGUUGUGGUAGUGCAGAAAUACCAGCUGUAGAACUGGCAGAUGUGUUGUAUUCUAUUUCAUUGUCAGUCUCUUCAUUUGACAAGCAGCCUUUAGAUGAAACAAUGUUUGUUGCAUCCUUUUUGAAGAAUGGCAUGCAGAAACUUCAUAUGCUGGAUGAGAACUUGUGUGCAGCUAAGCUUCCUGGUGUGUUUCUUUCCAUUGCAGGGAUUUUAGCAACCAAGAAUGAAGAUGUUGUAUCUUGUGCUGCAGAUGCCUUGAAGGAGCUAAUUCAGAUUUGCAUAGAUGAAAGCAUGGUUUUGGAGGGGGUGAACCGCAUUAAUGCAAAAGGAGAAAUUCUUUGUGAAGAUCAAACUCCAAUCGAAUGUAUUUGCAACUCAGUUGAGACCAUCCUGGAUAAUUGUUGUGGAUUAAUUUCAAACAAAAUCUUCGAAGUCAUUUCGGCUCUUUUUAGUAAGCUAGGUGAAUCCUCCUCCGUUUUAAUGGAAGGUUCUCUUAAGAGGCUUUCUAACUUGCAAAAGCUUUCAUCCAUAUCAGUUCAAUCCCACGAAAAGUUACACAGGUGUGUUGGUUCAGCUGUUGCCGCUAUGGGUCCAGAUAAAUUUCUCCUCAUUUUACCUCUGAAUUUUGAAGACGAAGAUUUGAUGGAACCCAAUGAGUGGCUUUUACCUGUUUUGAAGCAACAUAUAGUUGGAACUGAUUUACAAUUUUUUAUGUUCCAUAUUUUUCCCUUGGCAAAAAAGCUUUCUGAAUUGUCUAGCAAGUUAUUUGCAGAUGGUAAGUUGACUGCUUCACAAAAGGCCGAGGCUUAUAUGCAUUCCCUUUGGGAUCUUUUACCAUCCUUUUGUAACUACCCCAUGGAUACAGCUGAAAGUUUUGUACCCCUUGCACACAUCAUGAUUGACAUGCUAAAGAAGGAGCCAAAACUGCAUUCUAUCAUUACUUCAAGCUUGCAGAUACUUAUCAAGCAGAAUAAACUAGUUCUGAUGCAAGAUACUGAUGCAAAGGAUGGCCAUGAAAAGUUAAAUUUUUCCAAUGCUUCGGAAGUUAUUUUGGCAGAGGAAAGGGCCAAGGCUCAUUACACAAAGAAAGUUGCAUCCAAGAACAUAAAAGUUAUAGCCUCUUUUGCCAGUGAAUUACUCUCAGUUCUCUGCAAAAUAUUCUCAUUAUCUUCACAAGACAAGCAUAAAGAAUUGCAGGCUACCAUUGAGUGUAUUGCUUCAGUAUUCAAAAAGUCAGUUGUAAAGCAUAUUCUUUUCCACAAUUUGGAUAAAGAUAUUUCUACAAAAAUAGAGGGAAUGCACAAUGAAGAUAUGACAACGGCAGAUAGGUGUACAGUACUAGAUUUAGGGUUGUCCCUUGUUCAGGCCUUUGGUGAAGAUGAAGUUAUAACACUUUUUACUGUUGCUAAGUCAGGCUUGCAGGAUCCCGAUGGUAUGGUUCAGGAGAAAGCCUACAAGGUUUUAAACGGUAUUUUCAAGGAGCAUAUGUGGUUCCUUCCCAGGAAAUUGUCUGAAGUGGUCAACCUUAUAAUUGGUGUAAAGGCAUUGCAUGAUGUUUCCAUCAGGAAGAGGCGCCUGGAUUGCUUGCAUCAUCUAAUUCUUUAUAUUUUACAGGAAAAAGGUGCAAGCAUGGAUGAUACUGUUUUGACAUUCAUUAGCGAGAUUAUACUUACAUUGAAGAAUUCAAAUAAAGAAAUAAGUACAUAUGCCUACCAAAUACUUAUUGAAAUCGGUAAUGGACUAAAUGGUGGCUCAUCUGGUAGUCCAAAUGAAGACAUCAUUAUCUUGUUCAAUAUGAUUGUUAGCUACUUAGUUGGAACAAGUUCACACAUGAUAAGUGCUGCAGUUGCUGGACUAGCAAGAUUGGUCUAUGAAUUCUCAGAUUUCUGCUUGAAAGUGCCAAAUUUGCUUCCUUCUGCUCUUAUUCUGUUGCACAGUAAAAGCAGGGAGGUAGUCAAAUCUACUUUAGGGUUUAUGAAAGUUGUAGCAACGAGAUUACAAGCAGAAGAUCUCAAGAAAUAUCUACCAGAUAUAUUAGAGGGGUUGUUACUCUGGUCAGAUGACUCAAAAAAUCAUUUCAAGUUAAAGGUUCGUGUGGUACUUGAAAUAUUGAUCCGUAAAUGUGGGUCAGAUUCUGUUAGGGACAUCAUGCCACAGAAACAUAUGCAGCUGUUCAAAAGCAUUGUUAAGCAAAGGAAGGAGAAAGUUAUUUUGAGUAAAGCAUUCUCUGAGUACCCAGAAGCAGGAGAUUCAUGUCAUUUGCAUGCAAAUAUAGAAAGGUCAUCCAGCGCUCAUAUGUCAAAAAAGAGGAAGCAUGAAAUUAGCCGCAACAGCAGUAUGGUGACAAAAAGGCAUCAUACAGAUGCUUGUCCACGCAAUAGCACUAAUGGAAGAGGUUAUGCCAUUAUUAGGAAUCUCAAUGUUGUAAAGGACAAAAAAACUGCAAUGAGGAAGAGAGAUCAAACUCCCCAUGAUUCAGAGGCCAAUGUUAGUAGGACUUCUGCUAAAUUGGUUGGGCAAAAAAAAAUUUAUAAAAAUAAGAGGAAAGGCAAGAUGACUGGUUUAUGAUAAAGCAUGUUACAAAGCAAAUUUUGCUCCACUAUUACUAUUCGAUAUUGAUGGUGUACUAUAUUUUUACUUCUAUUUAUAGUAUGGUUAUUUGAAUA